AUGGUUUCAAGAAAUUAUAUGCCAAGGUUGGAAAAUGUAGUUCUACACAAUGAAGAUGAAUCAAGGCAUAAAUGUAAAGUCAAAUGGAGCAAGGAAGACACUAUACUUCUGAUAAGUGGAUGGCUUAAUACAUCUAAGGAUGCCAUUGUGGGGAAUGACCAAACUUCUACACAUUUCUGGGCUCGGAUUGCAGAAUACUACAACACCAACCAAAAAGGUGAGCAAGCAAGAACUGGAAGGCAAUGGAAAGAUCAUUGGAACAAGAUGAAUCAAAAGGUGGCGCGUUUCAAUGGGUGUUAUAAACGAGUACAACAAGCACAUCACAGUGGUUGGUCUGAUGAAAAUAACAACUCAAAUUUUCUGCUUGUGGACUGUUGGAGAUUGCUAAAGGAUGAGCCGAAAUGGAAUACAAUGUACCAACCAAAAGGUGGUAAGAGAACAAAGGUGUCAGAUACAGGGGAAUUUACUUCUUCUUCCAAUGCAGACAUCAGUGAUGAUGAAGUACGUGAAGUGCGCCCUACUGGCCAAAAGGCAGCAAAGAGAAAAGGGAAGGAAAAAAAAGACACACAUGCUAGAUUUAUAGAGAUUAGUGAACGGAAAGCAUCUGCAUUGGAGAAAUUGGUGGUGAUAAAGGAGAAAGAGGCAACGAUAAAGGAGAAAUAG